GAAAUUUAUCCGGAAGAAGUUACGGCGUGUAGCUGUAUCUUAGGUUGUAUACCAAACUCUGGCGAAGGAUAGAAAUACGCUUUCUUUUAUUUACGUUUUUUGUGUUUUAAAUCACGAGUUUGUCAGUCUAGUUUAACUUCAUAAUGUAGAGGAGCUAGCUAACGCUCGUUUGCUAGCGGAAAGCCGGCACAGAGGGACGGUUACUUUGUUGACCCUCAUCCGUACUUCUUACCGCUCUUUGGUCAUGUUUCUGUACCCAACACAUUUUCUGUUUUGGGGCAUUUUAAAGGGUCACUUCUUCGGCCACUCUGUACGUGGAGGACCUACGGUGCGCUAUGACUUCUAGCUAAACUCGACUGACUGGUCGUCGUCAUGCCGAGAGAAGCGACGUCCGCUCCGCUGACGGUGACUGUGCUGGCAGUGCUGUGGGUCAGUGUGGGUCGGUGCCAUGUCUUCGGAUCUCUGGGGCAAGGAUGUGAUAAUGGAAAGCUCUCUUUGGAGAGGGACCUGCCUGCGGAUGCUGUUUAUUGGGACUGUGCUGCGUCUGCAUGGCCAGAGUUUACUCAGAGACUUCCGAGUAUUGACACAGCGUACAAUCCUGAGCCAGCUAGGCAGAUAUGCAUGGAUAAAUCCAUCUCCUACUAUCACCGCAUUCCCAACAGUGGAGCAUACAGACCAAUAGGAGCAGAGAGCGGAGAGUACUUGUACUGUCCUCCUCAGCGGUGGCUCAAUAACUUGCAGCGUGGAGCGGCGGUUUUGCUCUACCAUCCGUGUGCACCACCUCGCGAGCGUCAGAUCCUGUCCGACUUGGCUCGCUCCUGUCUGCAGUCCUACAUCAUGACCCCACACCCACAGCUCAAUAAACACAUGCCUGUAGCUUUUGUGUCCUGGGGUCGCACCUUGGAGCUGUCCACCGCCGCGUCUUUAGACCUCUGUGAUUGGCUGGAGGUCAAUCACAGAGGUCAGACUUCAAGAAAAGAGUCUGAUGGUGUGACGCAGAUGAGGAAGUAUGCCCUGCUGCUGACCUGGUCAGCAGAGCGCAUUCAGCUAGAACAAACAACAAAAAUGAAGGAUUCCCUGAGGCAGUGUUGUGAGCGGACCAUCUAUUCUCUGUUAAGCGGAGCUACAGAGGCUGAGCUAGAGCACAGCGUGAAGACCGAACGCUCAAAACAAACAAAAGUGGGAAGCAAAACCAGGCAGAUGAGAGCUGCCCUGAAAGUUGUUGACAGCAAUGAGAGCAAUAACACUAUGGCAAAUGUCUCCAGAACUGUUCCUCAGCGGUCAGGAGAUGGUCAGAAUAACAGCAGCACGUUUGGAUCAUCAGCAGAUCAGAGGAAACCCUUUGAUCUUUCUAGCUCCAGAGAAGCUCUUCAGGUUCCAACUCAAGCCUCUAAACCCAGGCUCACAGCUCCCUUGGCCUUAAAUAUCUCUGAGACAGAAGCUCAGAAAGGCCUCAGAAAACUGAACCACUCUCCUAUUUCUGCACAUGGUGUGAGCAGUAAACGCACCUUUACCGACAGGCCUGAAGCCCUGAUUCUCAAGGAAACAGACUCUAUUAAACACAAUACCAAAGUGGACAAGUCUAAAGAGAAAAUCUUCGACUCAUCCGACGGCAACAUGGAGGAUAAUGAAGUGGUAGAUGUAAAGGAGAGAGAGCUGGAGCAUACGCAGAUCCAAUGCGCCCCAGGAUCUCACCAAAAAAGUGAAAGCACUGGCUCCGACUCUGUGCCUAAACCCCAGUCAGAGGCUCAGGCACAACAGCAUCCACAGACAGCCAGCCACAGCCAGCCUAUCAGCCGUGACUGCAACAGCUGCGCACCAGGUGAACACUGUGCCUGUGUCAAGGCCUCGGGAUCAGAGGCCCAAGCUGCUGCUGCUGCUGUUGUAUAUAGAGAGCUGCAAAGGACCCCGAGGACGGACGAAGCGGCGUGGGCAGCAGCGGCACUAGGCUUCCUGCUGGUUCUCCUGACUCUGUCAGUGCUUCACACUCGCCUGUACCGCCACUGGAGGAUCACGCCGAGCCUUUACUGGCACAACCCAAGCGACGACUACGACAGCGUUGCAGAUGUGAUCCGCAGAAGGUUGCGAAUUGCAAAGAGAAGGCGGAAAAGGGGCAGAAGGCAAGAAUGCGUUCUCCUGCCGAGCUCCUCCAGCUCAGAUGAAUGUCUGUAGAACUGAAAGAAACACCCCCAACACUGUUUGGGAAGAGGGGACCUGAAGGAAAAGAAAAAGGGUGUGUUAUGUAUGUUGGACUCGUCUUACAUGUAGCUGUCUUACACCUACGGUGUGCAGUUUAUCUGAGAGAACCUAAAUGUUGUAAAUUACACACACUAUAACAGCCCUACAACCACAAUGAACAGGCUCAUAGGAAUUUGACAGAGGACCCACCAUGUCAUAUUUUUAACAUGUGAAUAUUUUUUUAAUUGAAAGGACAAAAAUGUUUUAUCCAAAAGAACGGUUAACUUAUAACCAGCCAUUCCCCAAAUAGUUCCCGAAACUCUUAAGCUUUAAAAAUGUUUUCAUAAUUAGUUUUACAGAAAUGUUUUUUAACUGUAAAGGUUUGAUAUGCGAAAUGUAAGUUGCUGUUGUAAGCAACGCUAUGUUUGUGUUGUCAUACAAACAUGUGAAUAGCUGCAUUCUGGAGAUGUGAUUGUGUGAUUUGUAAAGAGUGAGUCUACAGGUACUUUGAUUAAAAUUAAAACUGUAAAGUUAGAACAUCCAGAUCAGUAAUGGAUGUGUGUGGGGGGGGGAAACAAAAUGAUCCGGUCUUUUUGAAGGAGGAGGAGAAGAGAACGUGAGUUGAACUGUGAUGAUCCAGAGCACAAUGGAAGGCAGAGUGAAAAGUUUUUGCUGAAUGAUCUCAAAUGUACUUUUGCAGUAAGAAAAAGAAAUGCAGGCAAACCCUGGACAAUUAAAUUGUUUUAUUAUUUUAUUACAAAUGUACAGCUUAUGAGUUUCCAUUACGAUUGACCUUUUUAAGUCGUUGUUUUCCCUACUUUACAGUUCUUAAUUGUCUUCUGUUAAAAGAUAACUCUCCCAUCUCCCAAACUGUCGAGCUGUGAAGACACACAGGAAUGCGACAGCACAGGCUACAGUGCACUGUCACGGCUGAGAAUCUGAUGUGUGUGUGUGCAUGCGUGUGUGUGUGUGUGUUAAAGUCUGGCUGAAGAGUCAAUGUUUGUACCUGUGCAUGGCUUGGUCCAACCGAUAAGGGUGAGUGUCUGAUGUUGUCUAUGUGCUAAAUUCUGAACAGAAUGAAGGCAUAUAAAGUCUGCAAAGUGUGACAAAACUGACACAAGCAUUAAACAUUCACACUAGAGGCACCCUAUGUAGUGUCCACUAACUCAGAGGAGGACUGGGCCAUGUGCGUUUUUAAGACCCCCCCCCCCCCUCCUCGUGAUCUUUUGAGAUGACUGUAGUGUUAAGCCCAAGUGUGCUUCAGACCAUACCCCACCCAUAUUUCCAUAUGCCAACUCCAAUCCUGCACCCAAUGUACUUGAGCUAAGACCUUUGGGAGAGUGCAGUAAAUACUGCAGAUCCUACGUCAUCCAGCAGGUGUUUUGAAAAAUAGUGCAACUAAGAUCAAAGGAGACACGUUGUCAUUCCCAUCUUCCCAUGGAUACGAGCAGGAUCGUUAAUAUGUACAAUAUGACUACAUAGUAACACCACACCGUAACCUCAAAACAUUAGAACAACUGCAAGUACAUCAGGUGCCGAGACUUAAGAGGUGAGCAAGGACUUGGUGAACAGAGGUCAUGGCCUGAAGCCCAUUUAGGCCAACAAAUAUAUAAAUAUCUCACAAACAAAAACUACAGCUUAAUAUAAAAUAU